ACAGUCGGAAGCAGCUUGAACGGAGCUCCUGAUAACUAAUUUCAGCAUGUCUGUCUAGAGUGCCUGUCACUCCUAUUGUCCUUCCAAACUCUUUCAGACAUUUUGAGCCUAAAGCUAUGAGUUAGCAAGGGUGGGACGAUUCAUGGUCCAGAAAGGCUUUAGGCACCAGAGGGGAGGAUGAUUGCCAGUGGCUACCUGGAGGACUGCACUGGAUCGCUGUCAUUAAAAAUCCAGCGUGGCUUUUGAGGAAGAUGUGACUACAGCCGGAGGUCUUUCCGCCAUUCCUCCAGGACUUCUACGCUAAGGAAAGGAGCCCCUGGACCAUCAUCCUCUAAGAUGUUUAUAUGGACCAGUGGCCGGACCUCUUCAUCUUACCGACAUGAUGAAAAAAGAAAUAUUUACCAAAAAAUCAAGGACCACGACCUCCUGGACAAAAGGAAAACAGUCACAGCACUGAAAGCAGGAGAGGACCGGGCCAUUCUCCUAGGACUGACCAUGAUGGUGUGCUCCAUCAUGAUGUACUUUCUGCUGGGAAUCACCCUCCUCCGCUCAUAUAUGCAGAGUGUGUGGACAGAAGAAUCUCAGUGCACCUUGCUGAAUGCGUCCAUCACAGAAACAUUUAAUUGCUCCUUCAGCUGCGGUCCAGAGUGCUGGAAACUCUCCCAGUACCCCUGCCUACAGGUGUACGUGAAUCUCACGUCCUCGGGGGAAAAGUACCUUCUCUACCACACCGAAGAGACUCUGAAAAUCAAUCAUAAGUGCUCCUAUAUACCUAAGUGUGGAAAAAACUUUGAAGAAUCCAUGUCCCUGGUGAAUGUUGUCAUGGAAAACUUCAGGAAAUACCAACAAUUCUCCUGCUAUUCUGACCCGGAAGGAAACCAGAAGAGCGUCAUCCUAACGAAACUCUACAGUUCCAACGUGCUGUUCCAUUCGCUCUUCUGGCCCACCUGCAUGAUGGCAGGGGGGGUGGCGAUCGUGGCCAUGGUGAAACUGACACAGUACCUCUCCCUGCUCUGUGAGCGCAUCCAACGGAUCAACAGAUAAAGGCAAACAUGGACGAGAUCACUUUUAUUUAAAGCUCAAAUACUGUUUUCUUUCAUUCUUCACCAAAGAACCUUAAGUUUGUAGUGUGCAGUCUGUUAUGAGUUCCUCAAUAUGUUCUUAUCCGUAGAGCAAUAAUGCAACAGCUGUGGUAUAUGCAAACAGGAUGGCUUUCUUAUUCAGAAGAAAGACCUGUGUUGGGUUGGUUGGUUGCUUUCAUACUCUUGUUUCUGUGCUUCCUUCUCCCAUUCAGCCGAAAUAGGGCUCGGUGAUUCACUUGCCUAGUUUUGUGGACGAAUGUAGACAACAUCCGUGUGAUAUGGUCUUCUGAGUUGUCAGACCUCUUGAAGACCCUUCUGCAAUAUUUUUCAUCAUUCAUUGUUUACUAAAGCUACAGCCAAAAAGAAUUGUUUAUUCUUUUCCGUACCCUAAGCUGAGCCCUAUUGCAAGUACAGGGACGAGAUGCCCCAACUAAAGGGUGGUGAGCAUUUUCCUUGUAUUUUUACCAUCUCACUGUAAAAAGGAAGGGAGGAGAGGAAACCCAGACAGCUACUUUUCUUUCAUCACUUUGUACUCAUGGCGUUGGAUUUUUUACCUGGUUUCUCAGAAAAUAAGCUGUUUUCAUUAGCCAAUUUGAUCAUCUCUUCCUGUGGUAUAAACAGAAAAUGACCAGAGCCCUUCUCCAUUUAAGACCCUGCUACUGUGUGAGGAGCUGACAUUUACAAGGAGUUUAUUGCCUAUGAACUGACUGACUAUUGGUGGCUGCUCGGGUACAAUCUCAGAAAGUCUACUUAACUAAGACAUUUGCUUGGCAUUUUGCAUUUCAUUUCAGUGGUUAGAUGAAGAAAUUAAGAUCUGACUUCCUGGUCAGAACCGGUGGAUUAUUUUCAAAUGGGUAAAUCUAUUGUGACAAAUUAAUAUGUUGGAAUAUUGCUCUUUGGACAUUUGUGUUUAAGCUCAAGAAUGUGUAGUCUCUCCUUGGACUCUAUCAGGAUUCUAAAGCUGUGUGCUCAGAAUCUUUGUCUCUUCCUCAUGUGUCAUUUUUCUAUUUAGAAUUCCCUGCUGGUUGUUAUAUUUCAUAAAUCGAGUAAACCUUUUUUUUCUGUAACAAACAAGGGAACCGAAUAACAGAUUUAAAGGAACCCUUUGCUCACAUUGCCGUUUCUUUGUGAUUUAAGAGGGGAAGGGAGGGGCUCUUUUAAAUGAAAUAUUCCAUGCUUUAUUUAAUAUUAAUUCCAAAAAGAAAACACAAGUAUAUCUUUCUCAUCUAUAUUUAAGUACAUUUUUGUAACAUCAAAA